CAUUCUCGUUAUCAUUUGCAUAUUCAUUGCAAGCAUAGCACGACGUGUGUGUGUAAAAUCCAAGUUAAAAAGUCCAGACGACAUUGUCUUUCACAUAUUUUUGUGGAGCCGAACCAAUUUUUGAUUAUUUUUCUUGCGUGACUUUUUCGCCAACCAAUAACCAGAGUGUGCGUGCAAAUUAACAAACCGUAUAUCGAAGUUUUUAUUUACGUUUUUGUUUUUAUUUGGGACAAAAGUUUAAAACAAUUUAUUGUAUGAGUCAGAAAAUCGAAAGACCAGUACUAUCAGGUCAACGCAUCAAGACCAGAAAAAGAGAUGAAAAAGAGAAAUACGACCCCACGGGAUUCCGUGAUGCGGUCAUUGCUGGUCUUGAAAAGAAUGGCAGUGAUUUAGAAUCUAUUUCGAAGUAUUUGGACGGUGCUGGUAAUAAACUGGAUUACCGCCGCUACGGCGAGGUGUUGUUUGAUAUCUUGAUUGCUGGUGGUCUCUUGGUUCCUGGUGGCUCGAUUUCGCAAGAUGGCGAGAAACCAAGUACUGAAUAUUGUAUCUUCCGCGCAUCUGAAGAUAUGGAAUCCAUGCGCCAACAGGAGCAGGUAUUCUACAAGCUCAUGCGUCGAUAUAAAUAUCUGGAGAAGAUGUUUGAGGAGGAAAUGAAGAAAGUGUUGAUCUUCAUCAAGGGUUUUACUCCAAGUGAACGUACCAAAUUGGCGCGCAUGACUGCCCUUUGGAUUGCCAAUGGUUCAGUUCCGCCAACCGUUUUGUUGUCCUUGAUCAAUGAGCAUCUCAUUAAAGAUGAAAUUGCUAUUGACUUUUUCCUUGAAGUUUGCUUGACAAUUAAGCAAGAGAAAGGAAUGUCUUCAUUGGUCCAGAUCCUUAAGAAGGGCAACAUUGAAAGCAGACUUAUGGAUUUUUUCCCGACGAAAAAGCAAACAGAAGAAUACUUAAAAUCAGUUUUCAUUGAUAAAGGCUUGGCGGAAGUAGUGAAAUUGCACAAGGCUCAAGCAAGCCACGAAGCAAAGCGGGAAUUGACACAAGUUCUCAACGAUGACAUCCGAGAUAAUAAAACGCACAAGGAGAUCAUUUCUGACAUUCGUGAGUUGGCUCAAAAAUCCAACAUUGCCGAUCACGAAGUGGUCAGUUUGAUUUGGACGACGGUUAUGUCAUUGGGCGAAUGGAACAAAAAGGAAGAAUUGGUCACCGAUCAAGCAUUGAAGCAUCUCAAACAGUACACUCAACUUUUAACGGCAUUUGCAUCUACCGAAAAGGCUGAGCUCUCACUCAUUUUAAAGGUGCAAGAAUUCUGCUAUGAAAACAUGAAUUUCAUGAAAGCGUUCCAAAAAAUCAUCAUUUUAUUCUACCAAGCUGGAAUUGUUUCGGAAGAGGCCGUUUUAAAAUGGUACAAGGAUGGACACUCACAAAAGGGAAAAAUGCACUUCUUGGAACAAAUGAAGAAAUUCAUUGAAUGGCUUCAAAAUGCAGAAGAAGAAUCAGAAUCUGAGGAGGAAGACUAAAGAGAUUUUAGCCUCCCUAAACCACCCAAGCAAAAUCGAACGCAAACAAAAUAUAAAUCAUCAGAAUUCAAAAAAAAAAAACAACAACCAUUUAAUCCAUACCAGCAAAACUUAAUUCUAAAACUAAUAAAUGAACAAGAUAAAAAAAAAACUCAAAAAGAGAACAAAAACAAAAAUAAACCAAUCGAAUUUUCAAUUGCAAGCAAAGUGCAUAAACUUCCAAUAAAAGAACGAAUUAUCAAUAGGUCACAAAAGUCGAAUCGCCAAAUAUUUUUCAUUUGGCGAAACAAUUUAUUAUAAACGCAAAACGUUUUCAAACGGUAGCAUUGUAAUGGUCAUACGUGAAAACGUCGUGUACGUACAUUCAUAAUGAAAUAGACUAACGAACCGAAUAUCUAAUUAUCUAUACAGUUUGAUGUCAGAAUAUAUACUUUUCUUUGUUCACAUAAUAAUUUAAUCCUCCAAUCUACCUUGUUUAAAUAGACCGUUUUGAUCGUUUCAUUUUGUAUUUACAUUUGCAUCAACUCAUAUUGUACGUAUUGUGAAUAUUAUUUAAAUGGUAUAUUAACUACUGAUUUUGGAUGCAUAUUGGACAAAGCAUGCAAUAAAUAUCAAAUCAACAACAGAACAAAAAACCA